AUGGCUCAGAGGCUGGGAGUUCCCCGGGUCGACCCCGAUGGUGAUGCCCUCAUGGCUGACGAUCAACCUGACGAGACGAGAAUCCCACCAGAGUUCCCACCUCGCAGCUACUACACGAACUGGCAGAACUAUGGACUACGCUGGCACCCAUUCCCACCCGCCAUUCCCAGAUUCUCAUCUGCUGCCAGCCAAGAUCGACUGGCACUUCCACCUGACCAGACCCUGCCAGCCUUGAGAACCCCCAUCAACUAUCCCACCUCGUUUGAGCCUUACUACCCGAAUUCAUUUGGGAACCUUCGGUACCUGCCUCCUCCGUUUCCGCCGUUUCCGCGUACGACAACUCAGCCUCAGCUGUUUCCUCCUUCCGUCGAGAUCGGUACACGUUCAGCGACUGAUCCUUCACCCAGACCUGCCUUCGGAGAACAGCCUUCCAGCGUCGAGCCGCGACGGUCUCUCACCUCAGACAUAGAGUCACCAGCAUCCCUUCCACAUCUGUCGACAGUUUUUCCUAAUCACAUGUACAUAGAUCGGCAGCCACUGGCCAGCGUACAAGAGCCUCGGUCACAGAGACCGCAUGGGGCGAAUAGUACUGGUCAACAGGCGUCUCGCCCUACAACCUUCAUGUUGCGCGCUCAUGAUAGCGUGGAGCUGAUCGAAGAGAGACUGCUGCAAUCACUUGAUGGUCCUCCGGACAGGUUGAAGCAUUCAGGUCCGGAGGCUGCCUCUCUUCAUACAGGCUCUUUGAACGAUAUGGCAGACUCACGAGCACUACAGCAAGCAGUCCGGGCUUCACCACCUCCUCAUCCCGGUGGCAUGGGGCGGCCACUACCUCAAAAUCAAAUGUCACUCGACAGCAAUGUGACCGGCACCGGCACCAUUCCUGGCAAUCGUGCACCACAACCACGUACUCCACGUCCACGUCACCGCCGCAGAAUGUCUCGGCCUCCUAUCCCUCGUGUCGCAUGUACGGCAUGUAUGGAAGACUUCAAACUCGACGAUCUGCUCAAUCUAGCUUGCGCAUGCCGCUAUUGUACACCAUGUCUCAAUGCAGCAUUCCGAGCGGGCUGUACCAGUAAGGCUGCGUUUCCGCCUAAGUGCUGUGGCCGCCCUCUGCGCAUUUCUGUGUGGGGAAGCAUGCUUGAGGCCGAUAUUCUGGAGCGAUACAAAUUGAUUGAGGCCGAUUUCAGCUCUACUCGCCCUCUUUACUGUGCUUCUCAGACCUGCUCCGCCUUCAUUCCUGAACACCAACGGAAUCUUCCCGAGGAUAUCGGAACAUGUCCAGAUUGUAAGGCAAUCACCUGCAGCAAAUGCAGAAAACCGAUGGAGGAACACGAAGCAUUGGGUGCUGACCCGCGGAUCUGCCCGGCUGACGACGCAGAAGUAAUUGCCUUGUACGCUCUGGGAAGUAUGAAGAAAUGGAGACAGUGCCCAACCUGCCUGAACAUGGUAGAACGCACAGAAGGUUGCAACCACAUGGAUUGUGUGUGUGGAGUCGAGUUCUGCUACCGAUGUGGAAACCUCUUUGACGAAGACGACAAUUGCGGUUGCGACCCGAGCUCCUGGGACGAGGACGAUGAUGACGACGAUGAUGACGAUGACGACGAUGAGAAUCAAGCAGGUGAGGGUGGAGGCAAUGAGGGAAAUGAAGACGGCGAGGCAGAAGCGUGGCCCAAUUUUCGCAUGGCGGUCGAUGCAUCAGGCAGACCCGUGUGUCUACAUCUGCACACCGAAAGCAAUGGCGAUGAUGUUCUCGUUUGCCAUGGAUGUCUCAGACAUGGGCCGGUGCAAAGCUGCAAUGAUUGCGGCGUGGAGCUCUGUCAAACCUGUGUGGAAGAUGUGCGCAGUACUGCACGCGGUCGUCGUGUUGAACUCAUUGACACCGAUGACGAUGACUGA